CCACCCACCAAUCCCACUUCACCAUCCCAUUACAAAAGUCUCUUCUCACCCCCUCUCUUAUUAACCCUCAUAAACUCAUUUCUCCCCCGUAAAUUAGGACAAACCUAAAAACACUCUUUUUUUUUUUCUCUCUCAAUAUAUACUCUCAAAUUAACACCAUUCUUCACACCUCUCCAAAACCCCGAAACUUUCUACUCAGUAACAUAAAUGGGUUCCGAUGAUUUAUGCAAUACGGGCCUGGUUUUAGGGUUGGGAUUCUCUUCAACCGGAGAAAAGUCGAAAAAGCCCGCUGCAGCCCACCGGCCCGAUAAAAUCCUUGAGCCCUCAUUGACUCUGAGCCUUUCCGGCGAACCCUAUGAUCUGCAGGUGAAAAAGAUGGAUUCGGAUAACAACAAAGGGGGCCUCAGCUGCGAUCACCAGUCUGUCGAUUUGUACAGACAAGACAGCGCUGCCUCGUCUUUCUCCAACGUUAGUGUCAAGAGGGAGAGGGAGAUUGGCAGCGAAGAGGUGGAAAUAGAGAGGGUUUCCUCUAGAGUUAGCGAUGAAGACGAGGAUGGAUCGAACGGGAGGAAGAAACUUAGGUUAAGUAAAGCCCAGUCUGCCCUUUUGGAGGAAAGCUUCAAGCAACACAGUACUCUCAAUCCUAAACAAAAGCAAGAUUUGGCUCGAGAGUUGAAUCUUAGACCUCGGCAGGUGGAAGUGUGGUUCCAGAACAGGAGAGCCAGGACCAAGCUGAAGCAAACAGAAGUAGACUGUGAAUUCCUGAAGAAAUGCUGCGAGACUCUGACAGAGGAGAACCGGCGGCUGCAGAAGGAGCUGCAGGAGCCAAAGGCCCUCAAAUUAACUCAGCCACUUUACAUGCAGCUCCCGGCGGCCACUCUCACCAUGUGCCCUUCAUGUGAAAGGAUCGGCGGCGGCGGCGGCGUCGUCCCAGAAAACGCGGCCAAGAGCCCCUACGUCAUGGCUCCCAAGCCCCAUUUCUACAAUCCCUUCACCAAUCCAUCCGCAGCUUGUUGAUUGAGCCUUCACACAAGAAAAAUUAAAAAAUAUAAAAUAAAAAAUGCUAGUACAUAUAUAUGAGAUAUGGGCCCACCUCACAACCCUGUUUUUUAUUCGGUUAAGGGCUUGUAGUAAAAAGAUAAGUGCAGCUAAUUUAUAGAAAUUAGAAAAUUACUAAUCAUGUUUAUUUUUCUUCCUCCCUUAUUUUAUUUAUGUGUAGUAGUUGUAUAUUAAAUUAAUAAUUAUUUAUUAAGAGUUAUUAUAUUAAUUAGUGAA